UCGCCUGUCGGUGCUUUUGAAAGGAAGGGUUAGAUGCGAACGAAUGGGAAUGCUCGACCAAAAAAAUGCGGGGUAGUACAGUCUCCAAUAAGCGGAUCAAUUUCGAGUCGGAUCGGAAGUGAGAUGUAACUGAAUAAACAUCUUCCUAUAAAAUGAGCACAGGUUGCCUCUCGUUACGACCGAGAAAAAAUACCCUCAUUUCCUUUCAAUAAGUUUCUUAUACCUCAAAAUUUUAUACCCACAGCGUUUCUGAUCUGAAUGAGCUCAUUUAUACAAUCCACUGUCACCGACGUCUCUGAUUCGAGCUUUAUGCAGCAGGUUGAAUUCAGAGAUCAGUCGAUGCUAACUGAUGCAUCUCUGUCAUCGAUACCACCUCAUUUAGUAAAUAUGUUUUCAACAAUGAACACAAAUGAUGUUUCUGUUGUUGUACCUGAUACUUCAUUCAGCAGCAACAACGUGUUACCCUUUGGACCAGAUGCAGCAACUCAACAAUACUCACUGAUAACGUCCUCAAAUCAAGAGCACCCCUCGACUACUACAUCUUUUGCUCCUAUUGCGCCUAAUGUUGACUACGAGCAAAAUGAGCAAUUACAAAUGCAGAUGGCUCUGCAACAACAUCAAGAGCAGCUUUGGGAGCAGUAUCCACUUAUGCGACAGGUGUCUGAAUAUCACCAACAAAUUCACCAGUCUCUACAAAUGCAAAAAAUGCGGCUAUUACAGCAGCAACAGCAGCAGGUGCAGCAAUAUUCAUAUCCGGCCCUUUCUACUUCAAUGCUAUACCAAACAGCUGCUGAAUCUCUCCAUCAGAUGACAUUCCAACAAUUGAAUGAAUAUGAGCAGCAGGCAAGGAUAACAGAGGAAAUUUCUGCUCAUACUACUGUUAAACAAUUUUCACCCGUAUAUGCUCAAUCCUUGCCUUCCUUGGUAGCAUCACCGACAAAUACGUCCUCUUCAGUGUUUGUGAAUAACCCAAAGGAAAACUCUGUAUUCAUGCUGAAGAAAAGGAUAGAAUUGGUAUGACACCAUCGUAUAAAAUAUAAAUUUCACGCAUAGUUUAUCCUAAGCUUAAAAGAAUUACAUCAUAGUUG